AUGGAACCUGACAUUGCAGCUUUAACUACCUCUUUCCGCACUGAGGAAUUUCCUCGUACAGGCGCGACCAAUGAUUCUGUGGGGGUUUUGCUUGGUGUGCAACAUGAGGAGCGCGUCCUAUUCAAGUUCAAGUCUUCGAAACCCUACGACCUUGUUAUGGAAACACAUCCAUCCCCAGUCAACAACGCUGAACUGACAAACCUCCAUCCACCUUGGGUUCUUUCACAAGAAGAGAUGAAGCAAAACGUUCUUGCAAAAGGCACAAAUCUCGCCCAAGAAGCCGAUGUUGCUGUGGUAUUCGUUGGAAAUACGAAGCAGUGGGAGACAGAAGGACAAGACCUCUCCUUCCUGACGCUUCCAGCCAACGGCCCUCAUGACAGACUGAUCACUAGCGUUGUGGCCGUCAAUCCAAUACCAUCGUGGUCAACAUCACAGGCGUCCCAGUCGAGCUACCAUGGCUAG